GAUGAGGGAAAGUGUGAUGUGCUUAAUUUCAUUCCCACAUGUCUUCCUUCACAGGCUGUUGAUAUGUCACAAAUGGAAUUUAAAGAAGAGCAGUACACAUGGUACCAGCUGUCACCAAGACAUCUUGAGCACAGAGUUUGCCUCCCAACUGCCAUCACACUUCAUAAACUGGUUCCAAAGCUACAUUCUACUUCUGUACCACAAGUACCAUCAGUUCAUAUGUAUAAACACCUGAGUCAAGAUGAGAUAGAGAAAGCACAAGCAAAGGCAAGAAAUUUCCUGGUUCAAGAUAGACUUUCCAAAAUUUCCCAGUUUUCAAGAAAAGUUGACAAUGAAGACAUUAAAGAAUAUAAGAGAAAUCCCACACCCAAGAAAAACAAGUCCAAUGAAAUUAAUAAAGCCUGA